UCGCGAUGGUAAGCUAUCGAAGUUACGAUUAUACGUCUUUUAGAAAAUGGCAGGAGUAAUUUUGUUAAUGUCGAGUCGCCGUUAUUAAUAACGAUAGCUAAUAUUUGGUCGGGGGUUGUGCGCUUUGUUUGAGUUAAACGGCCAUGACGCGGCAGAUUAAGGAGACGUCGUUGAGCUGUUUGGAACGGGACCCACCCAAAAGGUUCCUCUGAAGCGACAAAUGCCUGGAAGAGACACGAUGACCAGUUCCAUGGGAGCAGUUCUUGUGUGGCUGCAGGAUGUGGCCGCUGUUACUCUCCUCAAAGCCAGGCGGACUUUACUCCAGGCUGCUCUCCUCCUCUGUGUCCUUGUUCUGAUCCUUUGGGUGUCCAUCUUCCUCUAUGGGAGCUUCUAUUACUCCUAUAUGCCCCCUGUCAGCUUCUCCACUCCUGUCCACUUAUACUACACCUCAGACUGCGAUGCUGCAGAGUCGAUGCUGUGUUCCUUUCCCAUGGCCAACAUCUCUUUCCUGAAGAACAACAGAGAUCUGGCGAUGGCUUCUGGUCAGCCUUACCGCAUCUCUUUGGAGUUAGAGAUGCCGGAGUCACCGGUGAACGAACAGCUGGGGAUGUUCAUGAUCAGGAUGUUGUGCUACACAAGAGGUGGGAAGACGGUCUCAUCAGUGGGACGUUCCACAAUGCUGCACUACCGCUCCAACCUUCUCCAGACCUUGAGCACGUUGGUGUUCUCCCCUCUCCUGGUGACGGGGAUGUCGGAACAGAAGCAGCUUGUGAGCGUGGAGCUCUUCUCUGAAUACAAGACAAAUUCUUCCCAGCCCAUCGUCGGGGCGGUCAUCGAGAUCCAGUCCAAACGAGUGCAGAUCUAUUCUGCUUAUCUUCACAUCCAUGCGCACUUCACCGGAAUACGUUACCUUAUGUACAAUUUCCCCUUGACAUCGGCAGUGAUCGGCGUGGCCAGCAACUUUGUCUUCCUCAGUGUCAUUGUGUUGUUGAGCUAUCUGCAGUAUAUAUGGGGAGGGCUCUGGCCUCCAGACCAUGUCAGAAUCCCAGUCAUGCUGGGAGAAAACUCCCGUCUCCAGCAGAGAAGAGUGGAAGCCCAGAAGCAGAUGGAGAGGGUAAACUCCAAGAAGGAACUUGAUGGUCCCAGUCUGAUUGGUUCUGCGGAUGAGGUGCUUAAUUUUCCAGCAAGUGACACGGCACCAGAGCAGGUGUCAGGGAAACAUUUUACAAUCGCAGAUGUUUCUGAGGCCGAUGUACCAGAUACCAAAGAAGAAGAUCCUCUUCAGUCUGACGGGGAUGAGGAGAAACACAUUUCUGAUGUGUUGUCUCCUGGUGACACAACCCUCCGACAGAGACCUGGACCCUGGAUGAGCCUAUAAAUGUAGCUGCUUGCAUGCUGCUGGAGGUCACAUGUCCUGUAUGUUGCCCAACUCUCCCUGCUCCACCCACCUAAAAAAUUCAGGUGUGCUUGGGAACACAAGACGACUUGACUAACAAUUAGAGCCUGACAGAUAUAUUUGUUGGCUGAUAAUAUCAGCUGAUAUGAGCCUUUCAUGAACGUAUCGUAUCUGCAUUAUUUUUUCCGAUAUAAAAACAUUUAUUUCGCCAACUAAACAAUGCAGAAAAAAAACACUUUUGACUGUUGAAAAUAAUGUCAUUACAUAGUUUGUCCAGCAGAGGGCGGCGCAACAGCAUUGUUUACAAUGAUGUCAACUAUCGUGCAGGCACUUAGGGAGUCACGAGGGGGGUAUUGUGCAGAUUUGUCUCAAAUCUAGACCAGAAUAUACCUUUUUCAUUUUUAGAGGGUGCCAAGCCAAGUGCUCACUGGUGGCCGCUGUAUUGGUCAAAUCCAAGAUGGCCACCAACUUCAUAACUGCUCAUGAAUGAAGGCACUUUUUAUAGUUUUUACAAGAAACAGACAAAGCAACCAGCUGCCAGAGCUUUUCAGUCAGAGUGGGUGUUUUACAGCAACAAGAGGCAAGUGUUCACUAUAUUGCCAGCGUAGGUGGGGCAAAAAUAGAUGAGAAGGCGAUGCAACAUGGCGACUGCCACUCCUCGUGAAGGCAGUGUGAUGUACGUUGGUUGAUUGUUGGUUAUAUUUAUAGCUAUUUAUUAUAAAGUUGAACAUCAAGUCUCAAACACAUUUCUUUGUCAUAAGGUUUGAUCACAAAAUGUUAUGAAUCAUUACCAUUUUAAAUGUAUAUAUCAACAGAUAUAUCAGUAUUGUACUUUUUUUAGUCCCUAAUAUCUGUGUAAAUAAUACAUGUAUAAACAAUCCGUGUCGGUUGAGCUCUACUCAUGAGUUGUGGCUGCAGCAGAUAGACAUGGAUAACAUGCAGAGCAGGGGACCUCCAGGAGGAGGGUCGGUGACCUCUGCAUCAGAAUAUAUUCUCCUGCACCACAUGCUCUUUUCUCUGCCGGUGCACAGUGAUUCAGUAAGUGCUGGUAGAUACAAGCAAACCCACUGUUAGACUUGACUAAAAUACAUAUUCAUGAAAA